CACACACACACACUCACACACACAGAGUCAGUCAGUUGCAGUCGAUGAUGUUUCAGAUCGUCAGAUUCACAUGAACACACACACACACACACACACACACACACACACACACACACACACACACACACACACACACACACACACACACACACACACACACACACACACACACACAUAUGAUCAUGCACAUAAACACAUUCAGUGUUGACAGGUGUGUGUGACAUCAUGGCUGACUCGUGGCCGUUUUCCUCCUCCCCUCCUCCUCCCAUCGCCCAUCACUCCUCUCUGUCACAGUCGUCUCCCUUCAGCUCUUCACCUCCCCCCCUCUCCUCCUCCCCGUCACCCAGGAACCAUCUCCAGAUAACCUCUGCUAACCUCUCACCCCAGACCCAACUAUCCUCACUCCAUUACCAGCAUCUAAUGACCUCCCCUCACCUUCUACCUCAUCCCCAGGUAACCUCCCGUCACCAUGUACCCUAUCCAAAGGUAACCUCCCCCAACCUUGCCCACCAUCCCCAAGUUACCUCCCCCAACCUUCUACCUCAUACCCAGGUAACCUCCCCUCACCUUGGAUCCUAUCCCCAGGUAACCUCCCCCAACCAUGUACCCCAUCCCCAGGUAACCUCCCCCAACUUUGUACCUCAUAUCCAGGUAACCUCCCCUCACCUUGGAUCCAACUGCCAGGUAACCUCCCCUUACCUUCUACCUCAUAACCAGGUUUCCUCCCCUCAUCUUGUACCCCAUGCCCAGGUAACCUCCCCCAACCUUGAACCUCAUAACCAGGUAACUUCCCCUCAUCUUGUAUCCCAGUCCCAGGUUACCUCCCCGCAUUUUGUACCCCAUCCCCAGGUAACCUCCCCUCACCUCUCCCUGCACCAGCACCACAUCUACAACCAAAAUCACGACCCAGGUAAUCCAGACUGGAGCAGAGCCGAACCACCUUCUGAACCUUCCUACCUGCCCAGGAGCUACGGUUACACCUACCAGAACCAGACCACUGCCCACCUGAAUCUCCAGAACCAGAACCAGUUCAGUACCGCUGGGACUCAGCACCAAGAUGAAUUGGAGAACACGCACAGACUGCCCUACAACAACCACACACACCUUUCUAGUGGUGUUUAUGGCCCGGGUGACCAAUCCGGUCCAGUUCAGGGCACCUGGAGUCCAACUCCACCCCAGCUGCAGUGGCCUCCGCCGGGCCCCGGGACUGGAGGAGUCGCCCAGGGGAGAUGGAGCUCUGUGGAGUUUGACUCAUCAACCACUGAAGACUUCUCCAGCACCCAGUUUUUCCAUGACAGUUACAAUGACGACUAUGCGCCCCAGCCUUUCGGUAGCCCCACCACCCCUGGUCCGAGUCCUCAUUACCCACAAACCCCAACAUUCUCCAGCCCCGGUUCGCAAAUGCCUCCAAGGACAGAGAGACCAGAUUUUGACGAACAAUCAUUCAGGCAGCUGAGCAGAGAUGAAACCCUCAGCUGCUCUCUACAUGAGUAUGACAGCUACCUUAUGACCUCUGACCCCGGUCAGCUCCACCCCCAUCAGACAGCCGGACACCUCCUCCAGAGCCAAAGUGAGCUGAUCCAGGACCAGACGGGUCUCAUGGACACCACCGAGGGCUGUUUCUCUCCACAGGGAAGAGGCCAGGAUGUCAGCAGUGCUGCCCAGUCUCCAGGCCUCUCUGCUGGGCUGAGCUGGAGGGAGGAGAGCGGAGGAGGUGGAGGAAGAGGAGGAAGAGGAGGAGGAGGAGGAGGAGGAGGAGGAGGAAGCAGAGGAGGAAGGAGAAGAGGAGGUGGAGAUGCACAAAAAAUAAAACGACCACAACCUGGAAACAGCCCUCAGGUUCUUCCGUCCAGGCUGCUGUGUACGGUGUGUAAGCGGGAUUUCAGGAGUCUUCCGGCGUUGAACGGACACAUGCGUUCGCACAGCGGAUCCAGAUCAGCGACGUGGUUGAACAAGAGUGAGGAACCCUCCCCAGUCGUCCAACCCGCCGUCUCCAUGGUGAUGCCCGUCUCCGUUCCCAUCCAAUCCAGAGGUACCGCCAAGGCGUGUCGGGGUGGACGGGGGAGAUGCAGACGCACGUCUCCGCCCACUGGAGGCGACGUGCAUCUCUACUGCAGCCUGAUGCACCAAGAAGAAGAAGAAGAGGAGGGUGAGGAUGGUGAAGCAGGUGAUGGAGAGGCUGCCGGGGAUGACGGUGCACGCUACACCCCUCCUCCGAUGCUGUGUCCCCUCAGGGCGGGGCCAGGGUUGUACUGCUCCCUCGCCACCAGGAGGCGACAGAGAGUGGAGACCGUGAGGCUUCACAACGACCACAAUGGACUCACUGGUCUUGGUGCCAUGGCGACGGCCUCCCCUCCCACUAGGACACUAAUCAAAAAGCCGCGGAUCAAUGAAGGGCGGAGCUUCCAGGCGGAAAUCCCACCGCUGCGGGUCUGCAAACUCGCCGACUCCGACUCCCACAAUGCCCUGCUGCUGUGGUCGCCAUGGGACGAGCUGGAGGGUCCCGCCAGUCAGCAGAGAGUUGAAGCUCUGUUGACGAUGGUUCGCUCCAGCGUGGUGCCAGGGGGCGGGGCCAGCCUGGAGUUUGCCCUUGACGUCCUAUCAGAGUGCAGAGGAGACUUCCUGCUGACGGUGGAGAAGCUGCUGUCGACGCCUGAAACCUCCGACAACAACCGAACAGCUCAACGGCAUCCAAUCGUCAGUUGGAGCGCAGCAGAGAGGAGGUUGCUGGUUAAAUCCCUGCAGCUUCAUCACAAAGACUUCAUCAGAAUCCAGAAAGCCGUUCAGACUAAGUCGGUCUCUGAGUGUGUGGAGUUUUAUUAUCUGUGGAAGAGGAAGCUGAGUCUGAGCCCGAGGACCUCGACUGGGCUGACCGUGUCUCUGCCCGACACAAAGGGUCAAAGGUCAUCAAAAUGUCAAGAUGCAUCAUGAACCAGUUCACAUACGUAUACUGUAAAUCUCAUUAUUAAAGCCUAAACUGUGAUAAGUUCACUUGUGUUUAAAUCCUUCUGGCAGUCGAGUUAUCUAUUUAUUUGCUUGUCAGAAUGAAUGUUGUUGUUUUAAUAAAAAAUGUCUUUAUACGAGCUGAACAUUAAAGGAAAGUAUUUCUGUCUCCAUCCAGUAGAUCUUAGUGUGUUUCUGUCCUCGACAUGUUAAAUUAAACACAAGAAAAACACAUGAGAUAGUAUUUAAAAAGGGAACAAUCUUUCAUGUUUCAAAGCAUCAUAUUAGUUUUCUGUGUUCAGAGAGAUGAUCUGGAUUUGUAGUUCCCAGCUCAGGUAUGUCAGAUAUUGUUUUUCUUACUUAAUCCUCAGUCUUUCCGUGGUUCUCUUCUCCCUCCAGGUCUGAAAGCCGAUCAGAACUUCACUUAUUACAGCCUAGAAACAAAAACAGAAGUAAACAUGAGAGGCUGCAAGCUUUUCUGUCCGUCUGCAGCUCUUUACAUUGAUAUCAGGGAACUCAUUGUUUAGAUUAUUAAUUAUGUUGUAUGUGCAAAACUGAACAUGCACAGAAGUUUCCACAUAUUUUUGGCCACAUUGCAUUCUGGGA